CCCAUCCCCUCUUCUUAUUCCCGUUGCUUUUCUCCUCUCCAAACCCUUCUCAAAAUCUCCACUUUAGAAAGAGAAGACCUUUAGAGAGAGAAAGCGGGAGGCGUACGGCGACGCGGGGCUCAAGACCACCAAUGGCAAAGCGAAGCAGGCCUCUUUCCCACUUCCUCCUCCUCCUCGCCGCCUCCAUCCCUCUGCUCGCCGUCACCUCCGAGGCGGUCUCCGCCUCCUUCGCCGGGUCCGUCGCCGGCGGCGCGGCGGAUCUGGGUUGGAUCCCGGGCCGUACGGAGUGCCGGGGGACGGUCGCGGAGUGCAUCGCCGGCGACGAGUUUGAGCUAGAAUCGGAGAUCAGCCGCCGGAUCCUGGCCUUCCGGCGCUACAUCAGCUACAACUCGCUGAGACGCGGCAGCGUCCCUUGUUCUCGCCGCGGCGCCUCGUACUACAACUGCCGCCCCGGCGCCCACGCCAACCCCUACUCCCGCGGCUGCUCCGCCAUCACCCGGUGCCGGCGUUAGGGCUCGCUCGCUCCUCCUCCUCCUCCUCCUUGAUCUCUCCUCUCUUUUAUUUUUUUUUUCCUUUUUUCUUCUUUUUUCGGAGUUCUAAAUCGAUUAUAUUGGUUAUGUUUCAGUGUCGAUCGACUUGCAAAUUGAUACAUUGUUGUUUGUUAUUAUACAUGGAAUAUUAUUGAUGCUUGGUGCAAAUUAUUGCAUAUGCUUGAGACAAAAAGAUUCCUUUUUUUUUA